CCUUUGACUCCCUUUGUCUCAUCCUCCAGCAGAUCAUAUAUUUCAUUCCUCUGAAAAUAUUUAGACCCAGAAGAUGUUUCUAAGUAAAAGAGUUUAUUUUCUGUUUCUUUGCUUAAUUGGGUUCAUCUCCCCACCAGUCCUAGCUGCUGUUAAGCAAUACCAAUUUGAUAUUCAAGUGAAAAACGUUAGCAGAUUGUGUCAUGCCAAGCCUAUUGUGACAGUAAAUGGGAGGUUUCCAGGGCCAACAAUUUAUGUCAGAGAAGGAGAUAGAGUUCUUGUGAACGUGACCAAUCAUGCCCAAUACAACAUGUCUAUUCAUUGGCAUGGACUCAAGCAGUUUCGUAAUGGGUGGGCAGAUGGACCUGCUUAUAUAACACAGUGUCCAAUCAAGACAAGGCAAAUUUACACCUAUGAUUUUAAUGUAACAGGGCAAAGAGGAACGUUAUGGUGGCAUGCACAUAUCCUUUGGCUAAGGGCCACUGUUUAUGGUGCUAUAGUUAUCAUGCCUAAACCAGGGACCCCAUUUCCUUUCCCUCAGCCUCACUUGGAAGAAGUCAUCAUUUUAGGAGAAUGGUGGAACAAUGAUGUGGAAGAGCUUGUUAAACAAGGGAACAAGCUGGGAUUGCCACCAAAUGCAUCUGACGCACAUACUAUUAAUGGGAAACCAGGGCCACUCUUCCCGUGCUCCGAGAAAUAUACAUUUGCCAUGGAGGUUGAGCAGGGAAAAACAUACCUCUUGAGGAUCAUCAAUGCUGCACUCAACGACGAGCUUUUCUUUGCGAUUGCUGGUCACAACAUGACAGUAGUAGAAAUUGAUGCAGUUUACACCAAACCUUUUACAACUCAAGCAUUACUUAUUGCACCAGGCCAGACCACAAACGUUCUUGUUCGAGCAACACAAUUGCCUGGCCGAUAUUUCAUGGCCGCCAGACCUUUCAUGGAUGUUCCACUUUCCAUUGACAAUAAAACUGCUACUGCUAUACUACAAUAUAAAGGCAUCUCAAACUCUAUACUCCCUAUCCUUCCCCGUCUUCCAGCACCUAAUGAUACAGCUUAUGCUCUUAGCUAUAAUUCUAAGCUUAGAAGCUUAAACACUCCACAAUUCCCAGCAAAUGUGCCUCUUAAAGUUGACAGACAUCUUUUCUACACAAUUGGUUUAGGAAUGAAUCCUUGUCCAUCUUGCUUAAAUGGAACUCAGCUCACAGCUUCCUUAAACAACAUAACCUUUGUAAUGCCUGAAAUUGGCCUCCUUCAAGCUCACUACUUCAACAACAAGGGGGUAUUUAGAACAGACUUUCCAGAUAACCCUCCGACGCCAUUCAAUUACACUGGUGUACCUCUUACCGCCAAUCUUGGCACUACCUCAGGCACCAGGGUUAGCAAAAUUGCCUACAAUUCAACUGUGCAGCUAGUCCUGCAAGACACAAAUCUUCUCACUGUUGAGUCACAUCCAUUUCAUCUACAUGGCUACAAUUUCUUUGUAGUUGGAACUGGGAUUGGAAAUUUUGAUCCUAAAAAGGACCCAGCAAAAUUUAACUUGGUUGAUCCUCCUGAAAGAAAUACAGUUGGAGUACCUACUGGAGGAUGGACUGCUAUAAGAUUCAGGGCAGAUAAUCCAGGGGUGUGGUUCAUGCAUUGUCACUUGGAGCUACACACAGGCUGGGGCUUGAAAACAGCAUUUGUUGUUGAGAAUGGAAAAGGCCCAGAUCAAUCUAUCUUGCCUCCACCUAAGGAUCUUCCUCCUUGUUAACAGUUCAGAAGCUAUCCUUCCAACUGAUAAUUUCCACUUAACAAUCAUUUGAAAGGUGCAAGAAUUAGAUUGGAGGCUAAUGUAUUAUAUGGAGGAACAGAAUUCAACAUUUUAAAUUGUAACUAAUUGAAAUUGAAAAGUGAAAUUGUAAUGAAAUAAAUUUCUUGGCCAGCAACGGCCCAUGAUUCCGUUUA